AUGUCUUCAUUCUUUACGGUUCCAGGCUCCCAGAAGAAGCGCAAGCGCACAGAAGCCCCCGGGCCACCAAAGAAGAGGCUCGCUGCCUCAAAAUCCUCUGGAAAGGCACCUUCAAAGGUUCCCGGCCCCACCAAGAAUCGAGUCGAGCGAGACGACGACGAGUCCAUCUCUGGGAGCGAUUCAGACGAGGAUGACGAGAGCUACGACAGCGUUUCGAAAGACAGAGACGCCGAGGAGCAGGAUGAGUCGGACGACGAGGGAGAGACUGCCGCCGAGCGGAGGUUGCGGCUCGCAGAGCGAUACCUUGAGAACGUCAAGGAGCACGUGGACGAGGCCGGAUUCGAUGCGGCAGACAUUGACCGGGACCUGAUCGCCGAGCGACUACAAGAAGACGUUGCCGAGACAAAGGGACGAGUGUAUCGUCAAUUGGCCUCUGAGCUGGCCAUUGACAAGGCCACGCGCACCUUUUUCCGAAGCAACACCAACGCCGUCACCUCGAUCGCCGCCUGCGCCCCCUACAUCUACACCACCACCAAGGACCUAUACGUACAAAAGUGGAAGACCCAGGACCUUCCGCAGAACCAGUACCCUCAGACGACGAGGCGGAAACCAAAGAAGCCCCCAGCGCCCCCGAGGAAGCAGCCCAAGCUCGAGACGUGGCUCAAGGGCACCACGGCAAAGUCCAAGGACAAGAACUACCAGCGCCACACGGACCGCAUCCUCGCCAUUGCCGCCUCGUCCGACGGCAAGUUUGUGGCCACCGGCGGCGCGGACCACAAGCUCAUCAUCUACGACGCCCCUACCCUCAAGCCCCUGAAGGUCUUUACCCACCACCGCGACGCCGUCACUGGGCUGGCGUUCCGCAGGGGGACCAACCAGCUGUACUCUUGCUCCAAGGAUCGCACGGUAAAGGUCUGGAGUUUGGACGAGCUUGCCUAUGUCGAGACGCUGUUCGGCCACCAAGACGAGGUUCUCGACAUUGAUGCUCUUGCGCAGGAGCGCUGCGUCAGCGUAGGCGCGCGCGACCGAACGGCUCGUCUGUGGAAGGUAGCUGAAGAGACUCAACUCGUCUUCCGUGGUGGCGCUGUAGACAAGAAGUCUCGGCCGGCCGUCAACCCGCGAUCACUCCUCCAUGAGGGUAGCAUGGACCGUGUCGCCAUGAUCGACGACGACCUCUUUGUCACCGGAAGCGACAACGGCUCCCUCGCCUUGUGGAGUGUUCAGAAGAAGAAGCCCGUGUACAUCGAGCCCAUCGCGCAUGGCAUCGAAAAGCCCCUGGAUCCUAAGGAGGCGUCAGCCGAGCAGGAUCCAGACCCUCAAGUCGUCCCGCCCCCAACACCCCGCUGGAUCACCGCCAUAAAGACUAUCCCCUACUCCGACGUUAUCCUUACUGGCAGCUGGGACGGCCACAUCCGCGUCUGGCAGCUAAGCUCGGACAAGCGCAAGAUCGAGUUCCGCGGUGUCCUCUCGGCGCCCGGGGAGGAAGAGGAGGACGGAGCGCCGGGUCCCAUCACGGGCGUCGUCAAUGACAUCUCCUUGUUUGAGCGCGGCGACCGAGGCAAGGACGGCUUGUGCGUCGUGGUGGCCGUAGGCCGUGAGCACCGGUUAGGAAGAUGGAAUCCGCCCGUCAAGGUCGGACGGAACGGAGGUGUCGUGUUCGAGAUCCCGAGGAUACAGCGGCAGGCCGACGAGGAGGAAGAUGAAUGA